GGAUCCUACGAAGGGGCUAACCGUGGGUCGAGGGACAACUGAUGCAGGGGGACGGAGUUUAGGAGGAGGGGUUUUUUAUUCUUUCUCUUUUUUUCUUCCUCCCCUAGUUGUUUGAUUUUUAGUCUUCAUUUCCAACCCAUAUUCUAUCAGUUACCUGACGAGAUGGUGGCAGAGAAAGAAGGCUCCUGCCCUUCCAAACACAGACCCGUACAAUUUCAGGAGCCUCUACGGCAAGAAAAAAGAAGUAGGAAGCAGGUCAGCGAUGGAUUCACCAUCAAAGCCAUGAUGAAAAACACAGUGGUGAAAGGUCCCCCAACUGCGGGAGCAUUUAAAGAAAGACCAACAAAGCCCACAGCAUUUCGCAAGUUUUAUGAGCGAGGUGACUUCCCCAUCGCCCUUGAGCAUGAUUCAAGAGGAAACAAAAUAGCCUGGAAGGUAGAGAUAGAGAAGCUGGACUAUCAUCACUAUUUACCACUGUUUUUCGAUGGUCUGUGUGAGAUGCAGUUUCCCUAUGAGUUCUUUGCUCGGCAAGGUAUCCAUGAUAUGCUAGAACAUGGGGGGAACAAGAUUCUUCCUGUCAUUCCUCAGCUCAUUAUUCCAAUAAAAA